CAACCACUACUACAAAUCCAACAACUACUGCAACAACUCCAAAAACUAGUAUGACAUCAACCACUAGUACAACCGCAACACCUACUACAACUACAACCACUGCUACAACACCAACCACUAGUAAAACAGCAACCACUACUGCAACUCCAACAACUACAAUUCCAACACCUACUACAACUCUAAGCACUACUGCAACUCCAAGAAUUACUACAACACCAACCACUACCACAACACUAAUAAUUACUACAACUCCAACCACUGCCACAACUCCAACCACUACUACGCAAACUACCACUACUACAACACCAACCACUACUACAACACCAUUCACUACUGCAACCCCAACUAUUACUGCAGUUCCAAAAACUACUACAACAUCAGUCACUAGCACAACUCCAACAACUACGACAAAUCCAACAACUAUUGUAGCUCCAACAACGACUACAACUCCAACAACUACUGCAACACCAACCACUACUACAACAAUAACCUCUACAACUCCAACUCGAAUCACUACUACAACUCCAACCACUACUACAGCUCCAAUGAGUACUACAACUCCAACCACUACUACAAAUCCAACAACUCCAAAAACUAGUAUGACGUCAACCACUAGUACAGCUGCAACACCUACUACAAAUACAACCACUGCUACAACACCAACCACUAGUAAAACAGCAACCACUACUACAACACCAACAUCUACAAUUCCAACACCUACUACAACUCUAAGCACUACUGCAACUCCAAGAAGUACUACAACACCAACCACUACCACAACAGUAACAACUUUCACAACUCCAACCACUGCCACAACUCCAACCACUUCUAAGCCAAGCACCACUACAACUCCAAUAACUGCUACAAAUCCAACCACUACUUGGACUCCGAUAAAAAUUACAGUUAAAAACAAUACUACAACUUUAACCACUACUACAACCCUAUAA